AUGUUGCCACUAUCGCUUCUCAAUGCGGCGCAAAAUAAGCCGAUGCUCGUGGAGCUCAAGAACGGAUCGACGUUCAACGGACACUUGGUAGCGUGCGACAACUUUAUGAAUCUGACGUUGCGAGAGGUGUACGAGACGAGUGCUAGCGGAGAGCAAUUUUGGAAGCAGAAGGAGUGUUACAUUCGCGGUAGCACGAUCAAGUACUGCCGAGUAGCGGAUUCCGUAAUCGACCAGGUCAGGCAACGCGAAGAACAGGCGAGGAAACAGCGUCAACAAUCGGGUAGCUCGGCAAAUGUCUCGGGCGGCGCCAACUCGGCCAAUCGAGCCGGCGCAGCCAACGGGGCAAGAGGUGCAUACACCAGAGGCGCUAGAGGCGGCACAGCCGAUCGAGGCGCAAGAGGCACCAAUGCAGGUGCAAGGGGUAGAGGUAGAGGCCAAUGA